GUCCUGGGACGCGGCUCGCACCGGCCCGGCCCCUGCCGUGCGGCCGCUGGUGGAUGUAUCCCGUGUUACUAUUUGUUAGUAAGGAACGCUCGCUCCCGGGUGAAGUGCAGGGCUGUGAGCAGGAGGGAGGCACUGCGGGCCCGGCCCGAAGCCUGCGGGCGUUGAGAUGGGAGCGCCUCGCCCGGAGCCGCGGAGGGGAGACGUGAGUCCUCCGUGACCCCAGUCGUGCAGCUGCAGCGGAGCUCACUGAGCUGUGAGAAGAGCGACCCUUAGACCAGGGACUGUUAACGAGUUCGACUUGUUUUCUGCGACGUUACGUGGAUUUUAGGUGGCACUUGGUUAAUCCAUUUUAGGGUGGUCAGGCAUUGGAAUAGGUUGCCCAAGAAGGUGGGGGAGUCACCAUCCGUAAGGCGUUUUAAGGACUGGAUGUGGCGCUGGGUGAUACAGUUUGGAGGUUUCGGUGGUAGUGCUGGUUUGAUGGUUGGACUGGACAAUAUUAAAGGUCUCUUUCAAGCUCGACGAUUCCACGAUUCUAGAAUCAGCUUUGUAAACAAGUGUAUGCACAGCACCUGUAUGCACAGACCCCCAUCCCGGGUGCAGGUCACUUGACUGACGCUUGCGGCAGUGACAUUCUUUGGGACGCGGGGAGCCAGGUGGAGAGCUGUGCUGCCGUGCCGUGCAUUUCUGCCAGCAAAUACAUUUGCCUUUGUUCCAUUUAUGUGAGUCUUGUAUUGGCGUGCAAGUGUGCAGUGCAGAAAACUGCUGUUAGUCAGUCUCAGUGCAGUCGAGAGAUAAUACCAGGACUUCUGGCUGCAGCAGGCAAUUAGCUGAAAUAAAGACUACAGGACUUAAAGUGAAUAACUUGUCUAGUUAUGAAGAAUGUGCUGAAACAGACACUUUAGAAGGGUGCUAGAGAUACAAGAGCGCCGAGGCGUGCCCGGGAUGGAGCCCGCGGGGCCGGCGGACGGCGAGGACGAGCCCGGGCCCCCGGCGCGGCUGGCGCCCAGCCCGCACAGCGAGGCCGUGGCGCACGAGCUGCGGGGGCUGUCGCUGCAGCCCAGCCCCUGCCUGCCGCCCCUCACCGAGCGCAAGAAUGUACUUCAGCUGAGGCUGCAACAGAGACGGACACGAGAACAACUGGUGGACCAGGGCAUCAUGCCACCCUUGAAAAGUCCAGCUGCAUUCCAUGAGCAGAUAAAGAGCCUGGAACGAGCCAGGACUGAAAAUUUCUUGAAGCACAAGAUCCGCAGCAGGCCGGACCGCUCGGAGCUGGUCAGAAUGCACAUCCUGGAAGAGACCUUUGCAGAGCCUUCACUACAAGCCACUCAGAUGAAACUGAAGAGAGCUCGGUUGGCAGAUGAUCUGAAUGAGAAGAUUGCUCAGAGACCUGGCCCUAUGGAACUGGUAGAAAAAAAUAUUCUUCCUGUAGACUCCAGUGUUAAAGAAGCCAUUAUAGCAGUUGGACAAGAGAAUUACCCUCAAGCUUUGGAUGAUUUCUCAUUUGAUGAAGACAGCAGUGAUGCUUUAUCACCAGAUCAACCAGCCAGCCAAGAAUCCCAGGGUUCAGCAGCUUCCCCUGGUGAGCCAAAAACAAGUGACUCACCCUCACCUAUAACCCCAAAUGCUGCUACAUCAACACAGUAUCCACCUUUAACCUCUCCAGUUCCUGAAUUCCUCAAAACUCCCUCUACAAUCGAACAGCACGUGACACGUUCCACUGCUGCAACCACCCUGACCACAACCACUGUAUCUGCAGCAAAGCCUGGGCCAACGUUAGUGAAGCAAAGCCACCCAAAGAACCCAAAUGAUAAGCAUCGGAGCAAGAAAUGUAAAGAACCUAAGCCAAGGGUGAAAAAAUUGAAGUAUCAUCAAUAUAUUCCACCUGAUCAGAAAGGUGAGAAAAAUGAGCCACAGAUGGACUCCAACUAUGCUCGUCUGCUACAACAGCAGCAACUGUUUUUGCAGCUGCAGAUCCUGAGCCAACAGCAACAACACUACAACUACCAGACAAUUCUACCUGCACCACUGAAGCCACUGAAUGACAAACAGAGCAACAAUGGGAAUUCACCACUGAAUACUUUGAACAACAGUACACCAACAUCAGCUGCCAGCUCACCAAGACAGAACAGUAAUGUUCCUAGCAGGAAACCAGGACCUCUACCUUCAAGCUUGGAUGACUUGAAGGUAGCAGAACUUAAAAUGGAGUUGAAACUGAGGGGAUUACCAGUGUCUGGAACAAAAACAGAUCUUAUCGAGCGUCUGAAAACAUAUCAAGAUCUUAACAACAAUGGGGUUGCUACAAGUACCUGUGUGACAGUGACCACUUCUAGUGGGGCCACAGGUAACACUGGGGAAGUGACUGUGGCAUUUCCUGUUGCAACACUCAAUAAACCAGUGGUUAAUACAAUAUCCAGCUUCCCUCCAGAAAAAACAUCUACUGGACCUGGCAGCAAAGCAGUAAAUACUGAAAAUAUUAGCUCUCCUUUGCCUAUAUCUCCCUCUCCUUCUGAACAGUCAAGUCUAAGCACAGAUGAUACGAGUAUGGCAGAUACUUUCCCAGAAAUGACCAUGAUGUCACCGUCCCAGUUCCUAAGUACUUCACCACUGAGAGCAAACACAAACGAGGAUAAUCAGAAUCGCAGCAGUGGAAGCAUCUCAACCAUGGAGUUUGAUGUAGCAGAAAAGGACCGCAAGCUUCAAGAAAAAGAAAAGCAGAUUGAAGAGCUCAAAAGAAAACUGGAACAAGAGCAAAAACUUGUGGAAGUAUUGAAAAUGCAGCUUGAGGUUGAAAAAAGGGGACAACAGCAACAGUCUCAGACUUUUGGUAACUCAGCUGCUUUGGAACAGAAGCAAUUCAGUGCUGCUGUCAAAGAUGAAACUGCUCCUGCUGACUGCUCAAGUACAAGUCAACCUGUACCUGUAGCCAGCCAUUCCUUAGGACAGUCAGUGUACACCAGUGGCCAGAAUCCAGUUGCCAAAAAGGCAGUUGUUAUCAAGCAGGAGAUACCCGUGGCCAAAGCUGAACCUCAGAAUGCCAUUUCUCAGUUUUAUGUUAGUCCACAGAGGCAGCCACAAACUGCAGUUGUUGCCCAGCCUCAAGCUUUAUUAACUACCCAAGGAACUGCCCAGCUGCUCCUCCCACUGUCUAUCCAGGGACCGAAUGCUGCUACUGCAGUGCAGUUACCAGUCGGAAAUAUCAAGUUGCAGGCUCAAUCACAAGCUGGAAUACAGACCCCAUCACAAAUACCUGCUCCUAUUUCUUCCUCUGGCCUGGUGCAAACAGCACCUCAGAUGCAUACUCCACAAUCAAAACAAAAUACCAUCACGCAGCAUGCACUUGGUCAGACCCAACAAAUCAGAAAGGUUUUUCCACCUGCCACAUCAAAUGCAGUAUUUUCCUAUCAGACUGCACCAGUUACAACACCUUCACAAUCUUUUAUUAAUAAAACAUCAAACUCUAACAUUCACCCUGGUGGUAGUCAGGUCCCCUCUGUGCAGAAUGGACCUGCUGCUCCCAACAAGCCUGGGUCUCCAUCUCAAGCCCAGCCUUACAUUGUUCAGCAACCCCUCUUCAACAACACAGUGUCCAAGACAAAAGAUCCUCCUCGUUACGAAGAGGCCAUAAAACAGACCCGCAAUAUUCAGCCAUCACACCAUGAGAUUUCCAGCGCACACAGUCAGCAGAUGGAUGAUCUUUUUGAUAUUCUCAUCAAGAGUGGAGAGAUUUCCCUUCCAAUAAAAGAAGAACCAUCUCCCAUAUCUAAAAUGAGACCAGUAACAGCCAACAUCACUACAAUGCCAGUGAAUACAGUGAUAUCCCGUCCACCUCCACAGAUCCAAAUGGCCCCUCCUUCUGUGUCCUUAGAACCAACAACCAGCUUGUCUAUAAGUUUGGAAAACCAACUUGAAGCCCUCUUGGAUGGAACUUUACCAUCAGGUAAUGAAAUUCCUCAACUGACAAGCAGUAAUGAGGACAGAGAGUCAUUUUCUUUAAUUGAAGACCUCCAGAAUGAUCUGCUUAAUCACUCCAGCAUUUUAGAUCACUCUCAUUCACCCAUGGAAACAUCUGACCCACAGUUUACUACUAAUAAUUCUUGUCUGUCUCUUGACCUUCCUGAUACAAAUUUGGACAAUAUGGAAUGGCUGGACAUUACAAUGCCCAGCUCCUCAUCUGGACUCACCCCUCUCAGUUCUGCUGCCCCGAGCGUGUUUUCCACUGACUUUCUAGAUCCACAAGAUCUACAGUUGCACUGGGAUUAAGCUAUAGCCAAUGAGAACAUGACCUGCAAGUCUUUUUACAGCAGAGGUCCAUUAUUACACCAUUCUGAUUGCAGUUAACAUAAAUUAAGACAGUAAUGUUUGGAAGAACAAAUGCUUGAAGCUAAUUCCUUAUUGAUUUUCAAGUUUACAACAGUGAAUCAAUCACUUUAUGCACCUAUCAGUAAUGCAGAUCAGGGCCCUCUGAAAGCUGUAUUUCACAAAUCAAGAAAGGAUGAUUGUACUUAGUGAUUAAAAGUACCCCAAGGUAAAUGUAUCAAAAAUAUUUAAGAAAGAAGUUAUGUCUCUGACUUUGUAAUGCUUAAAUGAGCAACACGUGACUAAACUUAGAGUGAGAUGUCAGUUCUCUGUAUUGACCCAGUGAGCAAAUGUCUGGGGGAGGGGAGGUAUCACUGCACUUCAUUGUUCCUGUGGAAAGCCUGAGCCAGGUUCAGAACUAAUUGUGAGGGCAAAGGCAAGUAGAAGCACUGGCUGGUUCAGUGAAAUUUCAUAUAUCUAGGCUCUUAAUUUGUUCAAGUUGUUUUUAUAUUUUGCUUUUGUGGAUUUUAAAACACUUCCCCCAUUCUUUAAUCAUGAGGGAGGAAUUUAACUGCAUCCAAAGGGAUAUUAAGUGUAACUGCAAGAAAUCCACUGUAGCUAUGCCAGGUAAUAUUGAGAACACUGAAUUUUCUAUAGCAAUGCUCUGGAUUUAAUAGCUAGGUUUUAAUGUGUAUAUCAGACAGUUAUUUGUAUACUCUUUUAACUUUAUAUAGCUUAUUUUUGUGAACAGAGGGGAACACAGUGGUCUUCAAACAAGAGAUUACUAUAAUGGAAGUAAAUACCCUAUUUUGCUUUGUGUUUGAGGACAUUUGUUAGAUCAUUGACUCCAGUAUCUCAGCAUAUUAGAACAGUUUGAGGGAGUAGAAAAGUUUAAUUAAUAGUGUUGUACACUACAAUCCUGCAAGCAUCUAUGCAAGAAUAGUCCCAGUGCUCUCAUGAUGUUUGUAGGAUGAGAUCAAGUUGCAGGGGACAGUACUGACAGGACAGCCAUCAUUUCUUAAUGAAUACUUUGUCUAUUGAACAGCUUUGUCUACCACUACAUAACAUCAGGGAAGCCAACAGAGAAGCUGCUCAGUGAGAAUCCUAAACACCAGUAUCAGAAUGUACUGUUUUGUGAUAAGAAGGUAUAUUGCAUAUCUGAAACAUAAUAGCAAAAAUUACACUCUUACCUCACAGCACAGCAUGUGAAUAUUUUUUUUGUUUUAAAACCCUUAGUUGUUGUUUUCAGAGUCUAUUAUGAAAGCAGUUAGAAAAACAAAAAAUUCAAGUAGAAUUAAUGUAUUUUGACAUUCUAUGGUUGUCUCUCAGGUAAUAGCUGUUAAAUGUUGCCAUAGAUGAUGGAGGCUGAUAAUCAAACACAAAACUGGAAUUUCCUUUUAGGGAAUUCCUAAAUUAAGAUAAAAGGAAACAGUCCCCCAUUUCCUGAAACAGGGAAACGUGGUAUGUUUUCUAGUAUGAAAACUAUUCUUUCCUCACCAAAAAGUUUCAAAAAUAAAGUUUUGUAGGAAUGAAUGAAAAAAUGCCCCGAAGCUUUUGCCUACUAUAUGUAUCAAAGAAAUACUGAAAACAGUGAAUAGCUGUUAACCACUUAGCAACCUUUACCACAUUCUUCAAAAAGGAAAACACAACACAAUCAUGUUAACACCAAACAAAUACUUCUGUCAGAAAAUGUUAUGGAAUUAACUGCAAAUUUGCAUCUCCACAUAUAAUGCAGUCUGGUUUACUGAUACUACAGAACUCCAUUGGCUUCAGAUAAAAUAAUGGAUUACAUCAUUGAUUCAGGGUUUAAACUGAUACCAUAUGUUAGCAUCAUAUCAAUUAUAGCGCUUUAAAUCAUUAUGUAUCUUCACUAGUUUUACUGGCCAAGAAUUACUGUAAUAUGAAACUAAGUGCAAGAAAACAAUCUUUGGAGAUUUUCGUUACACACAGUUGAAAGACACAAUUCCUUACUCCUUCUUGCUGUGCCUACAAUACUUGAGUACAAUAUUACAUGUGGACUGUCUGCCUUAAGCUUUGAUGGUAUAGGAUUUUUCAAUAACACUGAACACUUACAUUCAACUUUUUGCAUUCCUGUUCAUCAUUCUAUCUUGGGAGCUAAUACUCUGAGAUACUAAGUGCCCUCGGCUGUUACGAGAAUAAGAAUUAAGGAGUCUUGGUCUGAUAAGAAUGACUGAAUGAAAUUUAGUGUUCUGCAGUACUGUUGGUUUAUUAUGUGUGAUACACCAGACAUCAUACAACAUAUGUGUGAUUAGAGUUAUCCCUUUUGACCCUGCCUCCUGAUUAAAUGAGAGGCAAGUAAAUUAAUUGUUAGAGGACAAAUUAACCUAGAGCAACUGUACUGUCAUUUUUGAUGUGCAUGUAAAUAGAGCUUGAAACUGGCAAAGUCAUCUUGCUACAAAAUUAUCCUUAUUGGCAGUGUAGAAUGUUAAUUAACCCAUAGGAAUCAAUGUGCAGAAAUAAACCCAAACAGUUGAGAUGUCUUGUUAUCAGUACAGUAUAGCUUUCUACUCUGAACGUCUAUUUGAAAAAAAAAAAAAAAUUAAGGGAUCAUUUUAGUUUCUGAAGUACAAAUAUUCUAGUGUAGGGAAUGUGUGAUUACUUUUUUGUACAUUUCAGAAUUGUGUAUUAAACCUUAUAUAAAAUGGUUUGCUUUAGACUUUGUUCUGAAAUGUGAUAUGUUUGCCAUAGUUGUAUAUGCCUGUUUAUGGCAGAAACAGGUUUUGCUUAGACUUCUGUGUGUGCAUGUUUUACGUGAAAAUUUUUGUAGCACAAAUACAAUACAUCUUAGAAUUUUAAUGAUGACUGUGCAGUUUGACUGCACAGAACUGAAUCUUUCUCAUUAAGAGAACAGUUGCAAAGGAAUGCACCGGCACUAAAUUUGCCAUUUAAUGGCUGCAGCAUACUAACAGAAUGCAUCCUAUCAAAUGUGGUGUUAGUAGGUCCUUCAAAGUAAUUAAGAAUACCUUUUAAUCAGUGUGAAAAUCAAAAGUUGGUUGUUUACACAUCUAGACACAGAGAGAGCUCAGACAAGUUUUACAAGGCUCAUAUUACUCAAGAGGAGUCACAUCCUGUGUUCAGUAGAGAAAUGGAAUUUUUUGUGCACUUUUAGUGCCAUUCAGCAUCAGUUACAGCAAGGAAGUUUACAGGCAAAAUUUUGUUUAACAUUAGAAAUAGUUAAAAAGCAUAGUCAUACUCUCUGAGAAUAAAAUUAAUUUAUGGCAGUUGUUUUCCACAGAAAUUUUAAGUGUAAUCCAGCAAUGUGCGCUUGCAGAAUCAGACCUCUUUAAAAAGCUGAGGCCACGGCUUUUAGAAAUAAUGACUACUUAAUAGUGACAUUUAUUUCCCAGGUAUUUCUGAAUUCACCAGCAGGAGUCAUGUUCAGAGAAGAUGGUGGUCAAAACAGAAGUGUCAAUAUUAAACUUUUCUGUUACAUAAUCUCAAACACUCAGAUGCCUCAAAAGUGUAGGCACCAUAAUUGGAACCCAAGCACAAGCUGCUGAACUAUUUUCAAGGCAGAGAAAAUGCAAUUACAGAAUACAUUGAACUGGAAGGGCAUUAUGUAAUCAAAACACAGGAGAGCUCACUGAUGUAAACAAUUAUUAUUUGGAUGGCAUCUUAAGUAUAUUAUAAACUUAAAGCAAACUCUAUUAAAACUGGAAAAAAAAUCUUCCACUUAUCUCUAGUAAGUGUUCUGUUUAAACUCUUUGUAUUGUGGUCUAUGAAAUCACCUUUCAGUGACUUCUAGACCAUCCUCCAGAAGGUAUUUUAUGUGAGAUCCGUGGAAUUGAGUUACAUAUAGUAUACAUGGCCAAUAAAGAGCAUCCAUUAAAACCUGAAAUAAUCUUAAAUAUUCCUUUUAUACCAGUUUGCUAGGAAUAAAGUGCAAAAAAGUGACACCUACAUCAUUCUGUAGUGUCCAAUACUGAAUAGAAAGUCUUUUUAAGUUAAAAGUGCAUAAAUGUAUUUGUAGAAAUCUAGCCAAAAAAAGCCAUUCUAGCUAUGAGAGCAAAUUCUCAAAAAAAGCAGGGAAUGGUUAAUAACUAUAUAAUCACACUAUUUUUAUAAAAAUAUACAGCUCAGAUAUUCAAAAGACAGCCUAAAAUAAAUUAUAAUAAUAUAAAAAUUUAAAUAGGAACCAAAGCAUUGCCAUUUAUAUUGCCAAAGGAGGCACUUUGUAUUUUAAAACAUAGGAAAUUAAGUCCCCAGAAGUGUUAUCCAUACUUUUUUAAAAUUAAGGAUGUAGAUAUUUUCAAAGCUGUUUUUGAUGUUUAACAGUACAGAUUUGUUUUUUGUUGUUUGAGAAAUUUGUAGUAAGUAAUAGCACAGGCUUUUUUUCCAGAUAGGAUUUUCUUCACAGUACUGCUUGCAGUAGAAAUAACGCUAACCCUAGUAGGUGUUUCUCUUCUUAUUUUCAUAGUCAUAAUUAUGUCUUAGCAUCUCAUUUUGUGAAAAGAGGAAGAUAAACACCUAUCUCUGGGGCCCUCUUCAUUUAAGCACUACUUUACUAAAUGCAAAUUAUGGCAAUCAGGGCGUCAGUUUAUGUAUUGCCUUUCUAGAAGAAACCAUGAUGCCUUUGUAUUUGCUGUUUGCACCCCUAAAAUCAAUUCCGUAUGUUUGAAUGCCAUAUGUUUUGCACAUUGUACUGUAUAUAUGUAAUGCAUACUGUAUUUUUAUAUGUGUACUACAUUUAUCAAAUAUUUUGUACAUAGUGGCAAUAUUGUAGCUACUGAGGAAAUGUUUGAUAUUCAGCAUUUUUGCUAAGUGUCUCAAAUAAAAAAGGAAAACUGUG